AUGGCUGCCGACCAGACCGGCGACGUAGUACCUCCUUCUCUGUCAGCUAAAGCAGUUGGGUCGUUUGCUUACUUGACUGUGAGAGACCGAUUGCCAACUAUCCUCACUAAAGUCAUAGACACAAUCCAUCGUAACAAAAACAAGUUUUUUGAAGAAUAUGGAGAGGAGGGAAUCCAAGCAGAGAAGCAAGCAAUUUCUCUGCUGUCCAAGCUGAGGAAUGAGCUGCAAACAGACAAACCCAUACUCGUAUUGACAGAUGGCCUGGAGGACGUAGACACAUGGAACCGGUACCUGGAGAGACAACAGGGUCAGCAUGAUGACCAGGAGGUUGUCAGCUGGUUCAAGUCUCCGUGGCUAUAUGUGGAAUGCUACAUGUAUCGCAGGAUACGGGAAGCCCUUUGGCUCAACCCUCCCAUCAGUGGCUAUGACGUCUUCAAUGAAGGGAAGACUCAGAGCUUCUUUGAAUCUCAGCAGGCUACAAUCGCUUUAUGCACAUACUUUGAGGGCUUCAACAAGAAAAUGGAAAAUAUCCCUGAAAAUCUCCUUCAGGAGUAUUUCUACAAGUUGCUACAGGUUUCUCUCUGGGGAAACAAAUGUGAUCUGUCGAUCUCUGCUGGUGUGGAUAAUUCGCAGAAAAUCAGUCCCAUCGAGUCUCUAGCAGCCCUUAAGUUGUUCAUCUUGGUGGACGAUUCUGACGCUCUGUGGUCAACGCUGGUUACUGCCCGGCUACAAACACAGUCGGGGAAAAGGAGCUCCUGCCGGGUGGACUUUGUUCUGGAUAACGCUGGCUUUGAGUUGGUCACUGACCUGGUCCUAGCCGAUUUCCUGCUGUCCUCCGGUCUAGCCCAGGAGAUCCGCUUCCAUGGCAAAUCCUUCCCUUGGUUCGUUUCAGAUGUGACAGCCGAAGAUUUUCAUUGGACAAUCCGGCAGACCAUGGCGGCCAAUAAUAGGUCAAUGUCUCAGAGAGGGGUGCAGUGGCAGCAAUACAUGAAGGAGGGAGUGUGGUCCUAUCAUGAUCAUCCAUUCUGGACGCAGCCACAUGAGUUCUGUGACAUGGAGGCCGAUGCUCCGGACCUGUACGCGACACUGCAAACAGCAGACUUGCUGCUGUUUAAAGGCGAUUUGAACUACAGGAAGUUGACAGGAGAUCGAGACUGGGACCACACAGUGGGUUUUGAAACUGCGCUGAGGGGGUUUGCACCAGCACCGCUAUGCAGUUUGAGGACUCUUAAGGCAAACAUUCAAGUGGGGUUGCAGCCAGGCCGGGGGAAUAAGCUGAGCUCUCAAGAACCAGACUGGAUGACGUGUGGAAAGUACGCUGUCAUUCAGUUCUACAGCCCGAACUCGGAUAAGCAAGACUGA